AGGACUUCUUGAUCGCAAGCUAUUUCUUAAUUUUUGGGACCAGUUUUUCCUGCUUCACGUCAACACACCCGAUUUCCAUCUUCAGCAUCGCAAUGGGUUCAUCCGCAUCAAAAACAGCAAGAGAGACUGUGAGAAAGUUUCCAUCUCGCGCUCCGGGGUCGAUUCCGCCGGCAGCGACGAGGCCAGCAGCGAGACCAACUCCGGCCACACCGCGCCCUUCGUCAGCUCCGGACGCCGGUCCGGUAUUGCAGCCCCGGCCGCAAGCCUCUUAUACGAAAGACGAUGCCAUCCGCGCCGACUCAAUGGACCCUGAGCAGUCCGAAUUCAUCAGCCCAGAUUUUGCAGACCGCCUGAGAAAGAUGGGCGUCGUGCAGCCUAAUCCAACCUUUUCCCCUUCGUCAAUAGCAUCGCCGGUCCCGGAUGCAUCCGGCGUCAAGCAGUCGCUCCCAAAGUCGCGGUUCCCAUCCGUGCCAAAUAAUGCCACCCUCGGCGUGCUUGAAGCACGGCAUCGGCUAGAAACCCAGGCCAAACAGGAGCUUGCCAACACCGGCAAAUCGACCGACAAGGGCAGGGAGUUUUUAGAUAUCGCUACCGUUAAGCAGAUAUUGGUGCUUCGACAGAGUGGCCGGUCCUCGGCGGACAUCGAGCAGCGAUUGAGACUCAAACCCGGCACUGCUGCGAGGCUGGGCCCCGAAGGCAUAGUGUCCCCAGCGUCAUGACUUUGGACAGGAUACCGCUGCGUGGAUUGAAUCACCGUCUGUAUUAGAUCCCCGAAUCGGGUUCCCGCUCUCAAACCGGGGCCAAGACCAAGGAUAAAACGGCGCUAUGUACUGUACAAUACAUGUACGUUCUCUCAACAUUCAGAUACCCCGACUUCAAACGAUUGUCAGGCUAUACAUCGCGGCUCGAUGUCGAUAUAUUACGCAUACUCGUUCACCAAGCGCAGUGGCCUCCAUCAAUCCUCAAAUCAGCUCCGGUCA